AUGACAAAAUCUGCCACUGUCAAACAAUCCACUCCCAACAAACCACCCAAACUCUCAGUGGGUGAGCUCACACCAGAGGUCAUCCAUGACUGGGACAAUGCUUGCUCAACAUACUUCAUGCACAAAGGCAUUGAUGCUGGAAAUCAAGUAAAGAUGAUAGCAUUCAGGAUGUUAGAUCCACACUUGCAUACCUGGUACUUGACUUGGUGGAUUGCCUUGGAUGCAGGAACAUUCGCCAAGAAAGUUCUGGGAUCACAACAAGGCAGUCGCAUAUUCUACAAAUGGGCUCUGGAGCUACAGAACCAGAAUGCGCUGUUGUAUGGUAACACAGCACACUUAAUGGACACCCAAUUAUGCAACCAACUUGAAGCUAACAUCUGCAAGGAUCUCACCAUCCCAGUACUCAGAGUGAAUCUCGCAGAUGAUCUGACUCUCAAAGAAUGGAUUGAGGAGGUUAAACACCUCGACGACAAAUGUUGUGAAGAUCUUGCUUCCCACAAAAAGAUCGCCAAAGAAUUGUACAAAUCUUCAAAACGUACCACAUCUAUGAGCAAACCUUCAUCAUUGAAGACCUACAAUGUGUCAUCCUCUCAUCUAGGAAGUCUAACAGAAGGUGAGCAUUCUCUACUAAUGAAACACAGAGGUUGUUUCAAGUGCAGGAAGUUCUACAUAUCACACCAGUCGAAGGAUUGUACUGAUGGCACUCCUGAGGCAUCUUCCUACAAGAUGCUCAUGGAAUUGGAUGCCAUUGUAGCCAAACCAAAGACUAAGAUGGUAGCCACAGUCAGACCUGUAGGAGCUGUGAUGCCGUCAACUGUGCUUGACGACAGAUCAGACUCAGAGGAUGACAUGGCCCACUUCCAAAUCUUUUGA